AAAACCAAUCAAAUGAAAGCUUCCAAGUGAACAGGAAAAGGCGAAGAAUGCUCAAACGGAGCUGUUUUCUUCAUCGAUGAUUUCUAAUUCAAAACAACCAACAAUACCGCCUUAAGGACAUCAUGAUCUCUGAUGUCCCGUAACACUCGAAGGAAGAAGUUGCCAAACCCCCACAAGACUCAGCUAACAUUUGUAGAACCACCCGUCAACGGAGAUGUACAUCGCUAUGGUCCUCAGCCACGAAGUGCCAUUAAUCCAAGAUCCUUCAUCUCCGAGGAGCAGCGCCAGAAUAGCACUGCAUGGGUGUUACCUCAGUUUGACCAAAUUCAGCUCCCCAAAAUUGUGCAAAAGAGGACGAGGGAGCGGCAUUCACAGUCACAUUCAAAUACAAGGUACAAUUCAACAUGUUCUAAUAUAAGAAAAACAAGUACCUGUAAAUAUCCCUCAUUAUCCUUUGGGAUUAGUGCUGCUGAAGGACUGCACUGCAAGAACAAAGGAUUGAGAACAGAGACUGAGUUUGAUAUCAUACGUGAAACAAACCAGACUUCUUCUGGGCCAGGUCGGUCAAAUGCCCAGGCUAAAGUGGACCAAGUGACACCAAGGCGGACCUACUCUCUCAGGACAAGACAUAUAGAUAGCAUCCUCUCUUCGAACAGAACCCAUGAAGGAUCUGCAGAGAACACAGAGGCCUCAGGUCCUCUAGUUCCUCACAUGAGUAGAGGAAUGAGAAACUCUGCUGGGUCGUCUGAAACAUGUACCUCAGUAGGAUUCAACUUAUCUAAUGUAGGAAAUUACUUGAUUCCGCCAGAUAUAGACACCCCAGAGAUUUCACAAAAGGUUGCUUCAUCAUCAAAAUGUACUCUCUUACACCUACUCUUGCCGUCAACUCCACCACACUCUGAUAAUUUAGACAUCCUCGUGAAGGACACUCCAGAAAGGGACUAUGGGUUAAAAGUGACUUGGAGGAGGAGAAAAGAACGGAUGAGAUUACUAAUGAAGCGAGGCCAGCUAACCAGCCAACAGGUUGAGGUGGCUGUCAGCUGAUAUUGUACUAAGAAUAGAAGCAUCCUAAAAACUGGCAACAUACUGUAUGAUUUCUAGUUUCAUGAAAAUGGACAUUCAGCAAAACAUUUCCACAUCAAACACUAUUGAUGAUUAUUUUGAUUCUUUGCUGUAAACCAUUAAAUGGAAUGUACAAAUGUAUUGUAGUAAAUCUCUAUUUUCAUGAUUUUUUUUUUAAAAGACAUAGACUAUGGUUACAUAAUAUAAUUAUAUUGAUUGAGAUGCAAUAAAUGGAUGCAUGUGGAUGUUA